CAUAGUGACAGAGAAGAUUUGAGACGAAUGAAAUUGAUAACGCUUCAUCCAUUUUCGGUGCGUGCUUUCCAAACUGCAUCAAAAAAACCGAAAUUCAUCAAGAAAUUCAAAUAAAUUUCAACCAAAACUUGUAAAAAUCUAAAAAACUACAAUGGUAGAUCGCGGCUACGAUAACUUUAAUCCGGGACAAUUUUCCGUUCCUCCUCCAAAUUUCAACCCGAGCGGAGCUCCGCCGCCAGCUUAUGGAGCCGGAAAUCCAGGCGGAAGAAAUCCGGGCAAUCCGGGAGGAUAUGGCGGUAAUGCGGGAGGAGGCCCGCCAGGCAAUGGAAGCUAUGGAGGAAAUCAAGGAGGCUAUGGCGGAGGAAAUCGCGGAGGCGGCAAUUUUGGAGGACCUCCUCCUCGUCAAGGCGGCGGAAAUUUUGGCAGCGGUGGCAACAAAGGGUCAUAUGGUUACAAUAAAGGCGGGAGUGAUGGCGGCUCAGCAGGCGGAAAUGGUGACAUGGUAACGCAAGAAGAUACAAUUUUCGUAUCUGGCAUGGAUCCGCAUUGCGACGAGGAGGAAAUUAGUCGUCAUUUUGGGCAAAUUGGGCUCAUCAAGAAGGAUAAGCGCACACAAAAACCCAAAAUUUGGAUCUACAAGGACAAAGCGAGCGGUUCUUCCAAGGGAGAAGCAACUGUAACGUUCGAGGAUCCGCAUACGGCGCAAUCGGCAAUUCAAUGGUUCAACGGGCAAGACUUCAAUGGAUCGCAAAUUAGUGUCAGUUUGGCGCAACGCCCGAGCAAUAAUUUCGACAGAAAAGGCGGAUUUGGCGGAGGACGCGGCGGCGGAGGCGGCGGCAGAGGACGAGACUUCGGCGGCGGUCGUGAUUUCGGAAAUCGCGGAGGUCCUCCACGCAAUCAAGGAUCUGGCGAUCGCGGUUCGUACGGAGAUCGCGGCGGAAAUGAUCGAGGCCCACGCGGAGGCGGCGGCGGAAACAAAGGAGGACAAGAACGCGAAGGCGAUUGGGUUUGCAGCGAUUGCAGCAACAAAAACUUCGCAUGGCGUAACGAGUGCAAUCGUUGCAAGACACCGAAAGCAGAUGGCGGUUCGGGAAGCGGAGGAGGUCCUCCAUCAGGAGGAAGAUUCGGAGGUCCUCGCGGAGGAAACGAUCGCGGAUCUUUCGGAGGAGGAGGUCGAUUCGGAGGAAAUGAUCGCGGCGGAAACGAUCGAGGACCUCGCGGAGGCGGCGGCGGAAAAUUCAACAAUGACAGACGAGGAAAUGACAGAUCAAGGCCCUAUUAAACUAAAAUAACGUCCCGAAACAUUUCACAUGAGCUACAUUUACAUUUGAAAAAAAAAACCUCACAACAUUCAACCUAUUAUUGACAAAGUAGUUAUUCGCUUUAGAAAUACUGCAAUAGAUGAUAAACAGUAUAAACUAACAAAAAAAAAAUAAUUUUAAUAAAAAAAAACGGUAUGAACAAUUUUAAGUGAAGAUAAAUAAAA